CAGUUGGCGGACAAGGAAAUUAAAUAAACCUAAAGAACAAACCCUAGCUAGCACUCUCGUCUCUCUCAAUUAAAGUUUAUACUAUCCCGCCGUCGAUCGGGAUGUCGAAAGCGUUCGCCUUGAACUCCGACAAAAUAUUCAUCACACCAUGUGUUGAUAGUAGUACUCUUGAAGUCUGGUGGUACAAGGGCGACCUGAACGACGAUUUCCAGCGGACGCGCGGCCGCCGGCUUAACGAGCAUUGGGGCGACAAUAGUCGAGUCCGCGUCGGCCCUAACGAACAACAAUACCAGGCGCUGCAAGUCUUUGGGGCCACGGUCAAGGGAUACCAGUUCAUAGUGCUGGUCAACGAUCUCAUUAGGAUGCUAGGAGCUGGCUCCGCGAUGGGAUUCAACGUUUUCGUGAACCGCUUCGGCCUCUGCAUAAUCAGCCGGGUCAAUGGCGGCGGCGGUGCCCUGCGGAUCAACGAUCGCUUUGGCUGGUCAAGGUACGGCGUGAAACUGCCCCGUGACGUCGGCACCGGGAACACCGUGUGGAACAUAGUCGACAUGUACACCGGAGAAACCGUGCUGGACGUUCGAGGAAUGGUGAGAGCCGGCAAUGAGCCGGCGGCGCGCACGAAGCAGAUUAUUUCGAGCAAGUUGGAGAAGGAGGAAGAGGUGGAGAAGUUCACCGAUCGCCCUGAUGAUCGGGAUAGAUCUGACGAGAAGUUACUUGAUCAACACAGUAACAGAGUGACGAGCAUUGGCAUGUACACCGCGACGAAGGUUGGCGGAACUUUCAGCUCUGCGGAGGAAGACAACAAGGAGCUCCGACGGAGGUUGGAGGAGAAGAGCGCAGAAUUGAUGGCAUGCAAGAAGGAAUUGGAAUGGAGCAAGAAAAUGAAUUCCCUUUUGAGCAAGUUAGUGGAUGAGAAGGACCACAAGGGCUAGCUGCUCAUUUAAGGAUUUGAAAAUAACUCCUCCUUCAUUUGGUGUUCUGGGGAAGCUGGAUGAGAGGCAAAUUAUUAGACUGCAAGAAGUAAUGAAGAAGGUUGGUAAGAAGAAGUGAGGAAAUGGAGGACUAAGCUUCCUAUACGCAGAUGAUACAUGAUAAAUUUCGAUAGCUCCCUUUUCUUGACUGGAGUAGAUCAAAUUUCUCCUUUUUUUUUUUCGUGAGAAUGGCCAUGGAUUUCUUGAUUCUGAAAUUACUUGCUUGUUAUUACUUUACUUGGCUUCAUAUUAUUAUUUCUAUUGGUUCAAUUUUGUGCCCUCGUUAAUUGUGUGAUGGAAUUUAUUGUUAUUUUUAUAUCUUCUUGCAUUUUGUCACAAAUCAAAAUUUGGGGUGAGU